AGUCCUACUCGCAUCUCGACGGCGUUUGGCUGUGUCAGUAACCAUCAUGAGGUGGUGUGUGACGGUGACGAUUUUUGUGGUCGCAUGUUUUAACGUGGUGGAGUUUUCCUUUGCCCAGUCUCGACUACAAAAUGCUGAAGGAGUACCCUUACCCACGGCACCUGCGUCACCUCUAGCAGGUGCCUGUAGCGACUAGAAUUUCAUCACGAGGGAGAUCUCUGCAAGGAGGAGUGCCUCUACCAGUGGCACCAGAGGAGCCUCAGCGUAGUCGCCAUGGUGUGACGCUUGCCAGUGCCUCUGCCCAAAAACCCCACCGUGUCAGGAGGCGUGGCACUUGCCUCCACCCAUGUCGCAGACCUACAUUCGGCACUGGAGUACCACUUCCUAAACACCCUGUGGUUGUAGUCCCCUUAAAAUCAGAAUCAAGGGGUCGCCAAUACCCCGGCCUGACGUACUCCAAGGACAGGGAUCUCCUUUCAGCGGUGGAGAUCCCUCUCCCCCCAUACACAGGUGCAGGUGCAGCAGGGGUUGGCCUUCCAGGAUCUCCUACCUUAAUUGAAGGAGUAGCAGCCCUUAAGCCUGUGAAAAAAUGUGGACAGAGAUACUGACGUGCAGCAUGCCAUCAGCCUUGCUGCUGUACAUGACUACCUGCAGCUGAGGACCAAGGCUGACAGUGCAGUCAAGAUUACUGAAGUGAUCAGUGCUCAUAAUGCAGAUUGUGUCUGGCCAAGUCCUUCACCUGACGCUGCGAGUUGGGGAGACCAAGUGCCCAAUCGGGACUCCCAAUCUGCAGAACUGUGUGCUGGACCAUAGUGAAGAUGAUCAUGUGUGUGAAGUGGCACUGUGGGAGAGGCCAUGGCUCAAUAGCUCCAAAGUCAUCAUGGAAAAGUCCAGGUGUGCCGAAGCAGAAGAUGAUAAUGACUUCAAUAGGUGGGGACCUCAGGUGCUUUUGCCUGUGCCCUCUGCUGCAGAAGUGACUGUGCAGACACUCCCCAAGGGAGUGGAGGAGCAGCAAGUUGGUGUGGAAGCCUUCAACUAUAUUGACCGUGGUUCUGAGUCAAAAUUCCGAGGUGAACUGAUCACAUAUGAUCUAACUAGCAUAAAGUUCGACCCACAGACAGACACAACACAGAUACAGGUGGAUGUGGAGUAUGGAUUCACUCUCUGUCUCAGGUCCCGCGAUCAGCUGACAGACAAUCGGGAAUGUCCUCCCGAUAUGCGACGUGGCCAUUAUAUUUGCUCAGUGGUUGUGUUGCAUAACCCAAAUCAGAUAACAAGUCUUGAGGUUGUCCCCAUUCUUGAUGAUGAUAAUGAUAUACACUGUGAGAGGAAGAGAAAUGUGGAGGAAGAAUUAGUGGUGCCAGUGGUGGCUUCAUGCUCAGGAUGUCCCCACCCAGCACCCCUGAAUGAUCCCACUGUCCUUGAAGUGGCUGAUUUUGCAAUAAAGGAGUAUGAUAGGACAUCAUCAGAUGAAGAUAACUUGCACAUCAUCCUUCAGCUCAUCAAGGCUCACAGUCAGGUUGUAGCAGGAGUGAGAUAUUACCUCUCAAUGGAAAUCGCAGAGAGCCUUUGUAAAAAGACUCUCACAGGUGUUGAUGUGAACAGGACUUUCUGUGACCAAGAUCCAACAGAAGAAACAAAAAUAUGUGACCUGCAUGUUAUUGACCAACCUUGGAUACCUGCCAGAGACCUUAUAAGUGCAAAAUGCUAUGAUAGAGACAGCUACCCAUCCUCAAGCCAUGAUGAGUUCAUUGUACCAGUCAGCUUUGGAAGUAGUUUAGCAACAGCAGGUCCAGACACUCCCAUAUUACUUGGGAGUGAGAGCCAUUUGAAUGUAGAUGAGAACUCUAUGGGAGCUGUGAGAUUCAUAGUUGAUGAGUACAAUCGCCGAGAAGAUGACCAAGAAUAUUAUAAGCUGGUGCAGGUUCAUGAAGCUUCUUCACAGAUUCACGGACAGAAUGGAAGGCGGCAUCACAUUGUUUUGGAGCUUGGAGAGACCCAGUGCAGGAAAGGUGACCCAUCCACUGGGGAGCAUUGUCCUCUUGAUCCUACUGAGGAUCAUGAGGUGUGUGUGGCAGAUGUGUAUGAACAGCCAUCACUCCAGAAUCAUUCCUUCAGAGUUCUCAGCAUUAGAUGUGAUGACCUGGAUGAUUACCUGCGUAAGAAAUUUAUGCCAACCCUCAGUCCCUCUGAUGUCAUGGACCAUCCAUUCCUGAAUGUUGCUGAGGAUACCAGUGCUGGGUACCAGACUGUGGCCACCAAUGACUCGGCUGUCCUUAAUGCUGCAGUUUUUGUUGUUGAUCAGUUCAACUUGAGGGAGGAUGAAGAUGAGCUGUUUACUCUCAAUAGGGUGGUCUCAUCUCUUUCACAGCCAUCACCUAAUGGAGUCACAUAUCAUCUUGAGAUUGAAUUAGCUGAAACUCAUUGCAAGAAAUAUCAGUUUGUGGCUUCACCAAAUCGCUGCCCUGUGGAUCACUCAGAAGAGAUGGAGGUUUGCCAGGCAGAAGUAUUGGCUCCACAGCAUCCUGGUAGCACUAUGCAGCUUGUCAGGCUCUUCUGUGAUGAAAUGAAUGACUACUAUACAAGAAAGAUUAGAGGUGGCCAGUCUCAUCCAGGUGCUUCCAGCCAGCCAGUUAAUGGUGGGCCAGGAGGAGUCUGGAUGGAUGUCAGUGUGGAUGAUGAGGCCCUCAAGAAAUUGGGGCAUCUCAUCGCAAAUGAAUAUGACUUGCGAUCUGAUGAAGACAGUCUGUUUAUCUUCCAUAAAGUCAUGAAAGCUCGCAAGCAGAUUUCAUCUGGUAUCAAUUACCAGCUAGUGGUGGAGUUGCUUGAGACAGUGUGUCCUAAGUAUAAACGUCGCAUCAAUAAGGCACGCUGUGCACCUGACAUUGGUGAAGAUCAUGUGGUAUGUGAGGCACAUGUGUUCUCUCAGCCUUGGCUUAAAAAGGAUGAUAUCUCCCAUCUCCGAUGUGCUGAGAAGGAUGACUUCUUUGAAGGAGAUGAAUCUGUGGAGGUGCUCUAUCCUAAGGUUCACCCAUCAGCCCAUGCCAGACCAGUGUUCAAGAGUCACUUCGUGGUGCGCACCAGUGAUGAGAGUGAGGAAAGCAAUGAACGUUUCUACGACCCAUCACGACGCAGUAGUGCCAGCAGGAGCCGCGAAUCGAAGGAAGAUGACUCAGAUGAACGUUUCUACAAUCCUUCUGGCUGGACCAAUACACACCGUGAUGACACUGAUGAAGACGAUUCCGAUGAGAGGCGACAUGUGAGAGGCCGUCGGGCUAUUCUAGGUUCCCCAUCCAGUAAUGGUCUGCCUCAGUCCUUAGUGAGGGAUUUGGCUGCCUUUGCUGUUCACUCACUUGAUCGUAACUCAAGUGACCUUUACACGAGUGGAGUGAAGGAGAUUCUCCAUGCUAAUAUGGAGGAGGUAUCUGGGAACCUGACGUUGGAGAUAUUGGUGCACUCAACCACCUGUCUCAAGAAUCAGCAGGAGUUGGGUUCCUGCCUGGAAGACCCUAACAAGCCAGUUUACUUGUGCAAAUUCACCCUUGUUGAGGAUCCUCAAUUAGAUGGUCAUGUAGUAGAUAGUAUGUUGUGUCAUACACAAGAAAAUUAGCCGUGAAUGGUUGACAGCAUGAUUUAAAUGCUCUUUAGAUUUUACUGGUGUCUUAAGUGACAUGAAAUAAAGUAUGUUGAAUGUCAUACUCCUUGAUAUUGUACAUAUUGUAUUUGGGGUCAGUGGUAUAUUAUGUAUGUAGAAAUUCAUACAUUAGAGAACAUCUAAAAAAAAAAAAAUAUACAUGCUCUCUCACUUUUUUUCAGUGGACAAAUUCACCUUGUUCUUGUUUACAUGAACACAUUUUACUUAUGUAUUACAGUAUAUAAAAAUAUGCAAUAUGCCGAAAAAAUAAGGGUGCAUAGUAGCAAUAUAAUGAGAACUAAGAUUAUUGCCAGUGGUCAAGGCACUGGCAAUUAAUCAGAUGAAUUCUGGAAAUCAUAAAAGAAGUAUGUGUUGAAUUUAUGGAUUGUGAUUUCAUUUAAAAAAAUGCAUUUUUAUUUUUAUUUUGUUUUAUUUUAUUUUAUUAUAUGGUUGUGUUUUCAUAGAUAAAGGUCAGUGUUUUACUUCCAUAUAGUCUGUAUGAAAAAGUAUUAUACAUAAAUAGUUUAUGGAGCACAUUCAUGACAUCAAUAAGAAUUUUAAAUAUACUUGUUGCAUUAAGAACAUAUUGCUUGAUUGCAUUUUAUUUUUUCUUGACAAAACAAAUGAAGAUAUUUUGUUAUAUACUAUAGAACAUUUUAAGAUUGAUGAUAUGCUCUUGUAAUGUAUCUUUUAUUAUAACUUAUAAGUUCUGUGUUGAAAAAAUAUCUAGUGCCUAGCUAGAUAAUUUUAUUGUGAAAUUAUUUAAUGAUGUAGCAAUAAGAGCUAGUGGUUCAUCCAUAUGAUCCUGUGGAUUAUAUAGACACAUUUUCACAGCUGUCAGAGGGUUUUGUCCACUGGCGAUUUCUUGCAACUUUCCACUAAAGUGACAUUCACUGAUGGUUGCAGUGAUGUUCAUACAUAUGCAUUCAUUCUUUGGAUUAUUGGAUCUCAGUACUAUAGAAUAUAAAAAAAUUACAAUAAAUCAUAAUUAAAGUUUAAUUACAUAAAUUCUGAAAUAUUAUAAAUACUAAAAAUAUUAAAAAGUAAAAAUAUACAGGUAAACAUGCCAUGCUUCAGCAGCUGAAAAUCACAUAUGAUGACUUCAUCAUCAUGACCAUUUGUGUCAAUUUCAGACAUUUUUUCUGAAUAAACAAAAUCCUAUACAUUUUGAAAAUAUUUAUUUUUCACUCACCUUAUUUAGGAAUUUUCUCCAAAUAUUUUUUUUCAAUAACAGUGUUAUCAACAAUCUAUCAUUGUUCUUGAUAAAAAAUAGAGCAAAGGAUAAUUUAUAUCUUAAAAAGUUUGAAUAAAUUAUCAGAAAUGUAUCCUUAUUAAAGCAUUAUCAAUAUGCACACAUAAUAGAUUUUUAUUGUACAAAUCUUAAUAAAGUACUGUACUAUCUGUAAUGACAAUCACAGUAAUAGUCCCAUAUUAAUAAGAAAUAAGUUGUGGUGAAAGAGUUGUUAUUUUAUGAUGCUGAACAAAACACACCAGUGUGACAACACAUAGCCAUGCAUGCAGUCCUUUAAGCAGUGAUGCAGUGAUACUAGUAAAGCAAUAGGUUGGAAGUGUGUGAUAAGGUAAAUAAAGGGGUAUGAAAUUCACUGCCAAGAAUAUUUUCUUCCUAUUCUCGCUUUUAAACGGUAAAGUUCAACUACAAGAAUUUGUGGUUAGGGCUUGGUGUGGUACUUUUUCAUACAAACAAACCAUGGAGGAAGUAAAGCACAAAAAAAAAAAAAAAAAAAAAA